GGGGCGUCAGUGUGCGGCAAGACUCCACAGGGUGUGGGUGCGAACGCCGUUCUCUCCGGUGUCAGUGCGUGAGUGAUUGUGGGAACCGCAAUAGGCUUUGAGGGUUUGAUGGUGAUUCAAGCUUUAUUUUGAACUCGCACGAAAGGAGCGGCUCUUAUUCCCCAGUUCUUAUAGUAAGCCCUGAGGACCCAACAUGGCGUCACCGGAUGAAACUGUGAUGAUCGACGGGCUAAAUGGCUCCCAUAUAUCCGUGAAUAAUAUCUCCUACGUUCAGGAAUCCUAUGUCCACAAAGGAUACAGGUGUUCCGCAGAGGGCCUCCUGCUGCCGAUCAUCUCAGAGUACACCUGGUCGGAGGGAGCGCGAGCCUUCCUCUACCUGGUCGGUCUCCUUUACUGCUUCAUGGGCGUCGCCAUUAUUGCGGACAUCUUCAUGGGCGCCAUCGAGAAGAUCACGAGCAAGACGAGGAAGGUGUACUUGACCUCGGAGAAGGAGGACGAGCCGGAGGUGAUUGAGGUGAGGAUCUGGAGCGACGCCGUGGCCAACCUCACCCUCAUGGCCCUCGGCUCCUCGGCCCCGGAGAUCCUGCUGUCGGUCAUCGAGGUCAUCGGCAACGACUUCGAGGCCAAAGAUUUGGGUCCCGGCACCAUCGUGGGUUCGGCGGCUUUCAACCUGUUCGUGAUCAGCGCCGUCUGCGUGAUGGCCAUCCCCGCCGGAGAGGAGAGGAGGAUUCGAGACCUGAAGGUGUUCCUCGUGACGGCCGUGUUCUCCGUGGUGGCGUACCUGUGGCUCCUCAUCAUCCUGAUGGUGACGAGCCCUGAGGAAGUGGAAGUGUGGGAAGCCGUGGUGACCUUCCUGCUGUUCCCCCUGCUGGUCCUCCUGGCGUGGCUGGCGGAGAGGAACUUCUGCGGCGUCCCCAACAAGACGGACACGAGUAAACAGAUAGAACUUGGGAACUUCCAGACAGGUGAGAUGGAGGAAGCAGCAGGUUGUGAAAAGUUCCUGGUGUGCUUAGGGCUUAAGCAACCAAGAAGAGUUAGGGCGGACAAAUUAAUCAAGGAGAAGCAGUACUUCCGGGAUGGACGUCUGGACAGGGACGGGCUGGUCGCUUUCAUCAAGGAGGUGAAGAACUAUCCCGGACUCACUGACGAGGAUGCGGCUGUACUGGCGGCCUCUAAGCUUGUGGAAUCCCAGAGCCACUCUAGGAUGUGGUACCGCGUCGGAGCUGUGAGAAACAUGACAGGUGGCCGGAAGACGCAACCCCAACUCUCGACGAAGCUGAAGGAGCGCUCUAAGGACAGGAAGAAAACGCUCAUCAUGCUCGAGGACGGCACCAACCAGGUCUACAGUGCCAUGAAUGAACACCCUGAAGCACCCACACUGGGAGAUGUCCCCAAGGUAAUGCCUCACCAGAAUGCCAUCAUUGACUUCCAUGCUGCAUCCUGUGCUGUCAUGGAGAACAUUGGCAAGUUUGAGGUAGCCAUUAUUAGGAGUGGACGAACAGAUAAUGAAGUUAGUGUCAGGGUUGAAACAAUUGAUGGAACUGCUACAGAAGAUCAGGAUUAUAUCCCAAUCAAUCAAGUCAUCACCUUUGGACCUGGAGAAACAGAAAAAUUGAUUGAAGUGGAAAUUAUCAAUGACAACCAGUGGGAACCUGAUGAAGAGUUUUUCCUGAAGAUCUCAUUGCUCUACAAUGCUGAAAAGCGUCAGGGAGUUCAGCUUGGCCGAAUCUCAAUCAUGGAAAUCACUAUUCUCAAUGAUGAUGAACCUGGUAUGGUAAUGUUCCAGAAGCGAGGUUUUCUUGUAAAGGAGAGCAUUGGUAAGGCUAUCAUCCCUGUAGUGCGAAAGAAUGGAGCUGACGGUGAAAUUACAGUGAAAUGGAAGACGAUCGACAAAACUGCUAUAUCAGGAAGGGACUUUGAAGGAGGGGAAGGUGUUCUUGUAUUCAAGCACACUGAGAUUGAACAGAAUAUUGAGAUUCCAAUUAUUGACGACAUGACCCCAGAAAAAGAUGAGCAUUUUGAGAUUGAACUUUUUGACCCCACCGGAGGAGCUAAGUUGGGCCAGAUCAACCGCACAGCCGUUACUAUUACCAAUGAUGAUGAUUUCAACAAUGUCUUGGCCAAUAUGAUGAUCAUGACAAAUGCCAAUGUGCAUGCAUUGCAAGUUCACCAUGAGACCUACCUGAGUCAGAUUAAGGAUGCUCUUAAUGUUAAUGGAGGUGACAUUGAAAAUGCAACAGGAAUGGAUUAUGUGAUGCAUUUCCUUACCUUUGGGUGGAAAAUCGUAUUUUCUCUGGUGCCUCCCCCUGGCAUACUUGGUGGCUGGCUGUGUUUCUUUGUAUCUCUUGGCGCUAUUGGUUUGCUGACAGCAAUAAUUGGUGACUUGGCUGCCACAUUUGGUUGUCUUGUUGGACUUAAGAACUCUGUCACAGCCAUCACCUUCGUUGCCCUGGGAACUUCACUGCCAGAUACCUUUGCAUCCAAGACAGCAGCUGUUCAAGAGAAAUAUGCUGAUAAUGCUGUGGGUAAUGUAACAGGCAGUAACUCAGUCAAUGUGUUCCUGGGAUUGGGAGCACCUUGGCUCAUUGCAGCGAUAGUCAACAAGAUAAGGGGAAAAGUAUUCUUUGUUCCUGCUGGUAACCUAAGCUUCAGUGUUGGCAUAUUCACUGGUCUUUGUAUUUUGUGCAUUGGUCUCCUUUUGCUGAGAAGAUUCCUGGGAGUGUUUGGAAAAGCAGAGCUUGGAGGAAAUGUUCCCAUGAAAUACGUCUCAGGAGCCAUCAUGAUUCUGUUUUGGCUCAUCUAUGUUCUUUGUACCUCUUUCCAGGCUUAUGGAUACUUUGACAGUGAAAAAUAGAUGUUUGUUAUGAUUACCUGUCUCAUCUGAAGUCUAUUUGUAAGAUUGCUCUUUUGUACAACUUUAUUGUAGUUCUCUCGGGAAUUUAAUUUUGGAGAUACCCUUCCUGAAUUACAUCUCUGUGAUUACAUAAUCAGAAUACAGAGUGCAUAGACUCUUUUGAAGAUCAUGAAACUUAUUCAACAUGUCAUAGUGAGAAUAGUGUUUCUUAAUAAAACCAAAAAUAUGAUAUUGAUGUUUAUGCAUUUAUUUUAAGAUCAAAAAUUGUUAAGGAAAACUUCAAGGAAUAUAAAAGAAAACAAUUUGUUUUUACAGCCAUCUUCUAUAAUUUAUGCAGAUAACUGCAAUUUGAUUUUUGACUCAUAGAUCAUAAAAAACUAUUUUGUGUACUUAAAUAUUUUUUUUAAUGCAAUAUGGGGUAUGUCCAUUUAUCCUCAGGGUAGCUGUAAACUUACUAUGCUGUAAACUAUUUUGCUGACAUACUAAACAUAUGCCUUCUACAAGAAAUUCAAAGUGAAGAAUGACAGGCCUGUCUCUUCAUUUACUUCAAUGCUACAGGAAUAUGUAAGUGUACAGCAGCUCCUGAUGUUGUAAAUUCACUAUGUACUAAAAUAAAUUUUGGCAAGCUAACCAUACCUAGUUUCAGGUUGGUUAGAAGCAUUCUUCCAAGCAUUUUUAGUAACCUUUGAGUUAUGUUGAAUGUAAGAAAUUAUAUGGGAAGGGAAAUCUUGGUAAAGUAUGCUUCCAGCCAAAAAAUUAGGACAGCUUUCCAAAAUUCACUUUUAGAUACUCAUGAAAACAAUUGAAUAGUUUUUCUAAAGCAAAAUUGUAAUUCCAUAUAGUGUUAAUUACUUAAAUACUGUUUUUCAUUUCAGUAUAUUACAGGCCUUGUUAUAUGUCUCAAGUUAACUCAUAUGCAUCACCAUUUAAUUACUACAGGUGAUUUAUUCUGUAGGUUGUUAUCUUGUAUGACUCUCAAAAGAUAUGAAAUAUUGGAAACUUAAAAUUUAAGUAUGAAUAGAUGCAUAACUUGACUUUUUUUUUUUUCAAAAACAUGGUCCAAAAUAGCAUGGGAGAAAAAUUACAAAAUCUUUCAGUCUAAUGAUGUUUUCCCUCUUUGCCCUUUCAUGAGCUGCAACUUUUAACCAGACAAUUACAGAAGAAAUAAUUUUUAAUGAAUACAUACAUGCAUAAUAACCAAUCACUCACAAAGAGUAACCAGAAAGGUAUGCAUAUAUGCUCACUCAUAAAAGGGUAAAAAUGAAGGACCUGAUUCCUCAUUUUGAAUGUAUCAUAGGCUAAGGUUAUGUGCUUCCCAGGUUGGUUAGACAGCAGGUAAAUUAUACAUUUUAAUAUAAACUAAACCUUCAGCUGACGUUAGUAUUUAUGAUUAUUUAGGUAUUCAUAUAUAUAUGUGUGUUAAUGUGUAUGUAUGAAAUUAAUAUUUAGGCAUUUACAGAAAUGAAUUUUGUAUGUGUCCUAAAGAUUAUUUGUAUGGAAUGCAUACAAUUGUUUUAUGUUGUUCUUUGUUUGUCUUCUUUUUUGUUUUUUUCUAGUGGACAGAUAACUUUCACAAUGUAGUAAAAGCACGUAAGGUACCAUCUAGUUCUGCAAAUUCUUAUAGAAGUAUUGGCCAUUGCUUUUACAGUUAGUGUUCAAAUUUAAUUAUAAGAGAGCCAUAAUGCUAGCUGUUAGUUGUUAGGAAUUUCACAAUUUGCACAACUUUGAUAUUUUUGCUUUCAGAACUUUUUUUAUGUUAUAUGAACUUUUGCUUUACUUCAAAAACCAUGUAUUUCUUGGUUUUCAGGAUGUAGAUUUAGGAAUGAUUUUAGCAUUACUGAUAGUACUCUAAUGAAUGACUCCUAUGUUAUUGCUAUUACUAAUAUCAAGCAUAACAUAUGAAACUACCUGUAUUAUAAAUUUCUAUCAUAAAAAUACCACCUCUUAUGUCAUGGUUUUCAUACCUCUUGUAAAGACAGAGGUUUAAUUAUCAUGUGCUAAUUUGUUUAUGCAUUUCUAAUAGCAAAUUAUAAUGUUAUUUAUAAAAGAAUCUCAGAGGAGGUGGAACUGAAUUAGAUUUGUUGAUUCAUAAAAUUCAAGAGGAAAAAAAAAGUGAGAUUUUUCUAAGGAUAUUCAAUUGACAUACUUUGUAUCACUUUCAAGUAUAAAUAGUAAGUACUUUUUCAGAAUAUUUAGUAUUGAUGUGUGCCUUAAUUUUAGCCAAAGAAUUGUUUGUAUUUUAUUUUUCCAUGACUUGGAUAUAUUUUAGAAGUGUAUUAGGGAGAUCAGAUCUUCCCCAACAUGGAACAUAUGACAGUUAUAUAUCAGUUGUGUAAAUAAUGCUAUUGUGGCAUUUUAAUUACACAUUUGAGGUAUUGACAAAACACAAUAGUUUACAUUUUGCAAGCUAUUUUCAUGACACCUCAGUCAGUGAUAUAGAGAGGUAGUCUUUUUAUAUAUCAUCUAUUUUUCUGAUUGCAGAUCAUAGCAAGAACUUUAUGUAAAGAGUGUGUUGCUUGCUUUCAAGUGAUAGGCUGGAAAACUUUUGUAUAGGACGUCUGUAAAUGUUCUAAAUUUGUCAUAAAUUUUGUUUUAAAGAAGAAAAAAAGGGUUGGAAGGGUUGUUAUAUAAUAAGCCUGUUGUUUAUUUUAUUGCAUAUAGAAUGUUAUUAAAAUAUAGGGUUAUAAACUUGGCUUAUAUAAAGAUAUUGUUACUAAAAAUGUUUAUAUAUUUUUUUAUUUUAUAUUUGUUGCAAAAUAGUCAUUUUUUUGGUGCUCCCUUUAUUUAUCUUUAUUUAUUUUUUCAGUCUCCAAUUUUUUUUUCAUUUUCAACACAAGUUCCUUUGCAUUUUUUAUGAUAAUUUGAUUGAUAUAUAUAUAAGACUUCUGUUAUUUGAUGUGCAUCUUUCAACUUAAACUCCACGCAUCAGCAAUACUGUUCUCUCAUCUUCUGUAGUUGUGUGGUCGUUGUUUGUUCCAACCUGUAUAACCUAACUGACAGAUGGUCAGUUUAAUCUUAAAUAUAACUGGGUAAGUCAAAUGCCAAUCUGUUUUUUAUACUGUAAAUCAACAUUAUAGAAAAGUAGGACUUUGUCAACUUUUUUCUCUUUCAAGUAUUGUGUAGAGUAUCCAUGCAGAUAAUGUUUUUACUGUCAUACUUAUACUAAUCUUUGGAUAGUAGAAUGAACAUCAGCAUCUGAUUGAAAGCCUGUGCAAAGUUGAUUUACUUCUACUCAUAUCAAGUUGGAUAAAAUGGUUUUGGUACUUACAGCCUGUAUUUUUCCAUCAUAGCUUAUAAUCAUUCAAUUAAAGAAAAUUUUCAAUCUCUUUCCUUAAUAAUGUACAGGCAUUUCAGCAACAGGGGAUUGUUCUCACUCUUUGGCUUAUUGAUCAGGUAUUGAAAGUUGUCAAGAAUAGAUCUUUCACAUUUUCAUCUGAAAUUAUGAAUAUAACCAACUUUUUCCUAUAAAUAUGCAUUGGUAUAAAUUUCCUGUUUACUUUGUUUUGUCCCAUUAUUAGAUUUACGUUAUGUGAGAUGUAAUAAUCAUGCUGUAUUUUAAGGUCUCUUCUUAGAAUGAUAUACCGAUAAUUUGUAAAUCUUUGUUCUAGCCCAUUUUUUCCAAGAUGGGAUCGUAAGUUAUUGUUGUUCACAUGAAUUACAAUGAAAAUAUAAGAAAUCAAAGAUAUAAUUGUGAUAGGAUCUCUCAUAAAUACAUAUUGAAAUACUUUAGGUUAACCAUUGGAAUAUUUGUAAAUCAAAAACUUUUGGAUCCAAGCAGUAAUAUUUUCUACAUGCUUAUUUUCAUCAGUCCCUUCACUUUUCAACUCCUAUUGUUCAAUGUGCUGUUCUUGCCAAAUAAAGAAUAACAUACUGUA